AUGGCUAUCAAUUGUGCAGAUAACCAUCUUAUCUGUGAGAAUAACGGUUUUACUUCGAGACCUGCCGUCCUUUUCAUUAAGAAGGGACAGCCUGUGGAGACUUUUAAGGGCGAUUUGAACAGCUAUGCGUUCCGCUCUUUCCUUCGUUCUCAUCUUUCUUUGAACACCAGUGUGGCGAAUAGUGCUCAGUUCCGUCUUUUGCUUCUGAUUGUGAUCUUAAUUGCACUGGUGCUUCUCUUUUUGAAGACAAUCCGUUCCACUUAUGUGGAUAGUGCGAAGGCUGAUUUGGAGGAACAGGCUCCUCUUGUCAGUCGCAGUCCUGAGCAAAAUGCGGAAUAGGCAUAGAAUCGUGUG